AUGUCUAUUGUCGACGGGGAAGUGAAUGAGCUAACGGAGGAUCCAGGCAGGCCAAGCCUUUAUUCACCCCUCAUUGCAGCUUACAACGUAGUAAAUUUUGGUGCCAGGGGAGAUGGGAGAACAGAUUCCACAGCAGCAUUUCUCUGGGCCUGGAUGUCAGCUUGCAGCUCAGCUAGCCCGGCAACAGUUUACGUGUCCCGAGGAAACUUCUUGAUUAGAGCGGCAUCUUUCUCAGGGCCUUGUAGGAGUAGAAUCCAGUUCCAAAUAGAUGGAACUCUUGUUGCUCCUGAUAAUUAUUAUGUCAUUGGCAACUCUGGAUUCUGGAUUUUGUUUUAUAAGGUCAGUAGGCUGACCAUCAGUGGUGGAACCAUUGAUACCCGGGGAAAUGAAUUUUGGUCUUGUAGGAAGAAUGGCAACAAUUGCCCGGCUGGAGCAAGGUCGAUGAUGGAAUUUGAUCUUGGCAUCUUCCCCCUCGUCGUUUCCAAUGUUAUACGUGCAAGAAAACCCUAA